AUACAGAUGUGUGUGGAGAGAGAGAGAAAUGAGAAGACUAAAAGAAGGUAGUCGAAAUUAAGAGAUAUUGAGGAAAGAGAGAGAGGAAAGAAGGAGAAAAUGGGAAGGAUUCGCAGAGAAAUGAAAUAGAAUGUUAAAGAGAAACAAGAAACCAUUCGGAAAGUGCGUGAGAUGAAAAAGAAAGAAAAAACUAGAGUGAGAGACACAGUGCGAGAGGUGAUCAGGGAUUAGAUUUUUUUUUAAAUAACGGAAAAUAUAAUUGUCUGCUAAAGAUAAGGAGAAUGAGAGAAAAGAAGAGACUGCUGGGUAAGAAACAGAAGUUGUAGAUAGAGAUGAAUAGAUGAAAUAAGUGUCAAAACAAUUCAUCUGAAAAGAGGGGAAAAUUAUCAAAAGAGAUAAAAUAUGAGGGGUAAAAAGGAAUAAGUGAAAUAUAGAGAAAUGUACGAGAAUGAAAUAAAUAAUCAAAAAUCUACCAAAAAUAAAAGGAUAAAAAAGAGAAAAAAAAAGAGUUGCUGAAGAAAAAAAUUAAUAGAAAGGAAAGCUUGCGUGAAAGAGGGGAUUAAUAGUAAAGGAAGCUUGAGUUCAGGGUGAAAGAGAGGAUUACGUGAUAGAAAGCGAAGCUUGAGUGAAGGAGAGAGUGAAAGAGAGAGGGAGUGAGUCUGCCUCGAGUCGAGGUCCAGCCGAGUCGAGCGGAGUUAAUCGGCAUUUCACCUGUCAUGUGACCAAUAUGGAGGACAAACUUCCUCCCGGUACACACACGGAGCGUCAAAGAUUCAUUUGACUGCGGCCAUGCUGGAACACUGCCUUUAGUCGAACAAACUGACCCCAGGACUUAUUGUUUGUAACCUUUGUUUGAUUCCACUGGUGGAAGAACGGUUGCCUCUUCAGUGCUCUGCUGCUUUGCCAUGAGGAAACCCCUCACAUGUGUCUCAUAAUGGGCACAUCCAUUAUAGAAGUUAUCAUCUUGUAAUGAAAUGGAAGAGGAGAGCAAUGUCAUAUAUUUCAGUAUUCAUUGACAAAGGACACUUUUUUUUCUUGCUACAGCUGAAGAUGUGAGAAGAUAAAGCAAGACAGCAGUUACUUGAUAAACAAGGGCAAAUGAUGUUCUGUGAUCCAUAUUGAACUCAUAGCAUACCAAGAGUCUUGUCAUUACAUUAAUUUUAUAUAUAUAUAUAUAUAUAUAUAUAUAUUUAUAUUUAUAUAUGAAAAUGUUAAUGCUGGCAUACUUUUGUAUUAAUACCAAAAUCUAGAGUAUUAUUGCCACAUUCAAGACUGUCUCAAUCUUGAUACAAUAUUUAUGUAGUUAAACACACAACAUAUAAUAACCCCCAUGCUCAUACUAUAAACACACAAUGUCAAAGACCAAGAUAUCAACACUUGCCAAAUUCUGAUUUCAGUUUUCAUUAAAGAAGGGUGUGACAUUGGACUUUAUUUCAGCUCAUAUUUAUACCCAUGCUACCUAAUGUCUACAGUAGUAGCUAGAUAGUUUUAGUAUCUCAAAAGGUAGUUGAUGGCACACUCUAUUAGACAUUGAUUCUAAUGAACUACUCAGUGGAGUUCUAUAACUCCAUUGUUCCUUAGGGUAGCAAGAAUUGUUUAUCUAUUUUCUCUUCCUCACUCUCUCUAUCUGUCUUCAACUUCCUUGCUAAUAAUUUUUAAAUUUUUCACCUUAUCUCUCAGUUUUAAAGGCCAGUAGUUUUUAUUUAUUUAUUUUUUUUUUGUAAGAAAAUCAUCAUCUUCAUCCAUUCCUUGUGUCUCACCGUUCCAUUCAGCUAACUAGUCACACUUCAUUACAUUUCAGCAUGCAUUACUGUCACCUCCCAUCAGCUGCAAUAUCUAUGCAUUAUAUAUCUUUAACUAUUUUAUAACAUCUCUAUUGAAAUUGUGCAGCAGUUGCAAUGUUCACUUCCAGAAAUCAGCUGGACAUUUGUCUAGUCAAUCGAUGGCUCAAAAUACUUUGGUCACAUUACUGCUAACAUUGCUGUGAAACUGCUAAGAUAAUAGGGCCACUACUGCACCAGACCAAACACUGCUACCUCAUUGUUCCGCAUUACAUUAAUUACACACCACUCUGUCAUUAAUCCCUAGCACUCGCUGCAAUUUCCACCUGACCGUUCUUAUACAAAAAAAAAAAAUCACAUAGUCGUGUGUGCAAGCACACAUGCACGCACACAUGCGUGCAACCUAACCUCCCCUAUUUUUUGCAUUCUCCAUUAUGAAUCACAUGAUCAACACAUCGAACUUUGAACUUUCUGAGGCCAUCCACAAUAUGGAGCGGUCACACAGCUGUGACAUCUGUGGCAAGGGUUUCACCCGCUACGAUAACUUGGAGCGGCACAGGCUGUCCCAUCGGGUUGACAAACCCUUCCGCUGUGACACUUGUGGCAAGAGUUUUUCACAGAAAUCCCACCUGAAGCAGCAUAAGGUAAUCCACACAGGUGUGAAACCAUUCAAAUGCCAUUUGUGUGGAUCAGCCUUCAGCCAAAAUGGCAACUUGACACGUCAUAUGAAGACUCAUGGCAUUGCCCCAACCAUCAGCACACAGCACCAUGACAACCAGAGUGAAACAUACAUGCACACACAUUCGCAAAUCUAUGCAAACGAUAAGCCUUUUAAGUGCAACGUCUGCGGUGCAGCUUUUUCUCGAAAUGGUGACCUCACGCGACAUUUUCGCACUCAUGAGGAGUCACUCCUACCGCAGAACAACCCAAAUUUUAAUUCUGGAUAUGGGAGCAGUAGUGGAAGUGGAGGGAACAGCAGUGGGGGAAGAGGUGGUGGUAGCGGUGGUGAUGGUGGAGGAGGUGGUGGGAGUAGCGGAGGUGGAAACCCGGGGUUCAGCUCUUCAUACAACAAUAAUGACAACCCUUUCAACUGCCGAGCCUGCUGGAAGGCUUUCACUGAGCGAACUGAUGCAGGACUACAUGAGCGCAUUCAUGCUGCACUUUUGCCAUACCGGUGCGAACUAUGUGGCAAGGCCUUCGCUGAGAACAGCUACCUAACUCGCCACAAGAGGGCGCACACAAGGGAGAAGCUGUUCAACUGCGAAGUCUGCAACAAGUCAUUUAGUCAGAAGUCACACUUGAAGGUACAUCAUCGCAUCCACACAGGCGAACGACCAUUCAGGUGUGGGCUGUGCGGCUAUGCAUUCGCUCGCAAAGACCAUCUGGAGCGGCAUCAGAGGAACAACAAAAACGGUGGUAAACUAAGCUGUGUGCCACGGCAGCAGCAUGCAACAUCAGCAACCACUGUAGCCACUACUGUCCCUGCCAAUGACAGUGGACAACAAGUGUCCUCUAAUGCCGGCAGCACAAUCAGUGUGUCGCAGCAGACCACGUCACACGAGGUGCAGCCUCAACAAGAUGCAGAUGUGCCUCAUUAUAUGAAUAUAUGACCCUGUCGAGAACAGAAAUGUAUCCUGGGGAAUUGGUUGUAGCUGGUCAGCUUAAUUGGAGGUGGAGGGGGAAUCAAGAAAAAAGCAAUGAACAUUUCAGCCAUUUGGGCCAUUGCUGUCCACUGGUCAAGUUUAGUUGACUUUUUUAUUGUUUAUUUUUUUGUUUUUAUAUUUUUCUCCAUGAUUUCCUCCUCCUCUUGUUCUACAGUGAUGAUGAUAGUGAUGGCAAUGGUGAUUGUUCAACUAUAUCUCCACCUUCUCCCACCUCUAAUCCUUUCUCUCAUUAACUUUUACUUAAUCUCUUUUUUCCCUUUCAGUUUCACUUUUCUCCACCCCAUCCUCUGUAUCAAGGACAAUAUUACACACUGAAUGUUCUAUGCCGCCAGAACAAACCAAAGAAAAGAAACCAAUGCACACACACACACACAUACACACACACACACACACAAGGUAACAUUGAAAGAGAAGGAAGAGGAGUUGGUGGAGAAGGUUAAACAAUAACAACAAAACUAAAAGAAAACAAACAAAACUGAUAUUUUGAA